AUGAACCCAGUGUCUGCCCCCAGCGGGCGUGGACUGCGCUACUCUAUCCCAUCGCCAUCAGGCAGCGACACCGGCUACGGCUCCAUCGACUACGACUACGAGCCGGAGGAGGUUGGGGGCGACUUCACCUUUCGCGCUGUCGCAGUAGGGUUGCUGGUGGGAUGUGUGCUGUGCUUUACCAACAUUUACUUUGGUCUGCAGACAGGCUGGGUGUCCAUGAUGUCGCUCCAAUCCGCCUUGAUUGGCUUUUUGAUAUUCAAGCUCGGCCCCCUCUUCCCGCGCCUCUUCCCAGCUUUCCAGCCUUUAACCACGGCUGAGAACGUCGUUCUCCAGACGACAGCUGUGGCGACGGGAACCAUGCCCCUGGCUGCUGGUCUGGUGGGCAUUAUCCCUGCCUUGGGCAUGAUGAACCAGGAAGAGGACGGGCGUGAUCCCAUCGUCCUCUCGUACCCAAAACUCGUCAUGUGGUGUUUGGCCGUGGCAUUCUUUGGUGUCUUCCUUGCGGUUCCCUUGAGGAGACAGGUUAUUGUCAAGGAGAAACUCGUGUUCCCCUCGGGUACCGCUACUGGCCAGCUCAUUGCGCUCCUCCACAAGGCGCCUCCCCCUCUCCAAAGCCUCAACCCCCAGCCGUCGGGCCCAUACCGCCGUGUGCGCACGUCAGAGGCCACAGCCAACGAGGACGAGGACACCAUCAAGGACCUCUCCGGCGGGCCCGGCUGGGCAGCCUUGGGGUGGAGCUUUGUCGCAAGCGGCUCCAUGACAAUGCUCAGCUUCCUCUUCCCCGUCGCCUUUGCCCUCCCCGUAUUCGACAUUAUCUCCGCUCCCUUUGGCGGUAGCCUCGCCGCGCACUGGAUGUGGUGGUUCACGCCUUCGCUCUCAUACAUUGGCCAAGGCAUCAUCAUGGGCUUGCCCGUGACCGUGUCAAUGAACAUUGGCAUGUUUGUCGGCUGGGCCGUCCUUUCUCCCAUCUCAAAGAACUCGGGCUGGGCUCCCGGUCGCGUUGCCUCUACGACCGACGGCGCACGUGGCUGGAUUCUCUGGGUCGCGCUCGCCAUCAUGAUUGCCGAAAGCCUCGUCUCGCUGAGCCCCAUGGUCGUCGAAUACUUUAGGCAUCUCUUCACUCGCGUCGAGGAGGAACGUGAGCGCGCGGCCGAGUCGGCGUUUGUCACCCACGACUCGCCUUACGAUGCCGCUGAGCGUGACGCGUACUUUGACCUGCCGCCCGCCGACGACGACGAGCCCGAGGACGAGCCGCCCGAGCGUCUCGUGCCCGAUUCAUGGGUCACUAGCGGUCUCGUGGCCAGCUCGGUGCUUUGUGUGGUGCUUGUGUGGAUCGUGUUUGGCAAGGAGGGAAUUCACCCGUGGGCCACGGCUCUGGGUCUCGUUCUCGCUUCGGUCCUGAGUUUGAUCGGUGUUCGUGCUCUGGGACAAACGGAUAUCAACCCAGUUUCGGGCAUUGGCAAGAUCAGUCAGCUCCUCUUCGCCGUCGUUCAGCCCGGCAACGUUGUGGCCAAUGUGAUCGCUGGCGGUAUCAGCGAGGCUGGAGCCCAACAAGCUGGCGACCUCAUGCAAGACAUGAAGACUGGCCAGCUGCUCCGCGCCUCGCCCCGUGCCCAGUUCUACGGUCAGCUCAUCGGCUCCCUUGCGAGUGUCUUUGUCUCCACUGCGGGCUACAAGUUCUACACCUCGGUGUACCAGAUCCCCGGCCCCGAAUUCGCCGUCCCCAGCGCCGGCGUGUGGCUCAGCCUUGCGCGUCUGCUUAACAACGGCCACCUGCCCGAGAACGUCGUCCCCUUCAUGCUCGUCUUUGGCGGCGCAUUCGCCCUCAUUGCCGGCUUGAAGGCCUUUGCCCCCCGCGUCCGCAACCCGCACAUUUCCGACUUGAUCAGCUACCUCCCCUCGGGCGUCGCGUUCGCCAUUGGGUUCCUCAACUCACCGUCCUUCUCCCUCGCCCGUCUGAUUGGCGGAUACAUUGCGUACCGCGCCGCGCGUACGAGCGUCACGGGCGAAACGCCGCUGCUGGCGAUUGUCGUCGCGUCGGGCUUUGUGCUCGGCGAAGGCGUGUUGAGUAUCCUGACGCUUACCCUUGCCAGCAAGGGUUAUGGCGCCGUGAGCUGCUUUGGAUGCGGGCUCGGUGGCGGAGGCUACUGCACGGGAGGAUGUUAG